GACAUAUAGAGUUUGUUUCUCCGGUAGUAUUGUACGUCAUAGUGACUGAAGCUCACCCCAUUUUUAAACAAUAAAAGGCUCAUUUAGCGAGCACCAGCCUUGUCUUGUUCAAAGAACAACGGAAGCGAAUUAUAACACGAAUAACCAAGACGACCUGUUACCAUGCCUCCAGGAGCUCCGCCACCACCUCUGAAAUCUGUUCUUCAUCGGCAUCGACAGCUGGCACCAAAUGCCUCUAUCCGAGUUUCCCCUCUGUGCCUUGGAACGAUGAAUUUCGGAGAUGCUUGGAAGCAGCGAAUGGGAGAGUGUUCCAAGGAGACUACUUUCCUGAUUCUCGACCACUUCUUUGAGAAAGGGGGUAACUUCAUUGAUACCGCGAACGGCUAUCAGAAUGAGGAGUCAGAGAUCUGGCUAGGGGAUUGGUUGGCAACCCGACAGGUUAGAGACCAGAUUGUUCUCGCAACAAAAUAUUCUGCAAGCUUCAAAGGCUACGAGCAGGAUAUUAUCCAGUCAAACUACGGCGGGAAUGGGACCAAAUCUAUGCGGCUUUCCUUGGAAGCCUCCCUGAAGAAAAUGCAAACUGAAUACGUCGACAUCUUCUAUGUCCAUUGGUGGGAUUAUGCUACCACAAUCCCCGAAUUGAUGCAUGCUCUUAAUGACUUGGUGUCUGCUGGCAAAGUCCUUUAUCUCGGCAUUUCUGACACUCCGGCCUGGGUGGUGGCGAAGGCCAAUCAAUAUGCACGCGAUCACGGCUUGCGACCCUUUGUGGUUUACCAGGGGAUGUGGAAUGCGUCUAUGCGUGACAUGGAACGGGAGAUUCUCCCAAUGUGUCGUGAUGAGGGAAUGGCUGUCUGUGCGUACGGGACUUUGGGCCAAGGACAGUUCCAGACUGAGGCCAACUUCCGUGAACGCGAGGAGACUCAGGCAGGCCGCAAAGGUAAACCUCCGACCCAAGCAGAGAAAGCCGUGUCGAAGGUUCUCGAGGCGAUUGCGACCAAGAAAAGCACCCACAUCACCAGUGUUGCGUUAGCCUACGUCAUGCAUAAAGCGCCUUAUGUCUUCCCGAUUGUUGGGGGGAGGAAGGUGGAUCAUCUUCAGGGUAACAUCACUGCUUUGAGUAUUGCACUUGACGGUCAGGAGAUAGCACAAAUCGAGACGUGCUACGAUUUUGAUCCCGGUUUUCCACAUACUUUCUUAAGUGGAUCUCUAUUCACUGGGGAGAAUCCAUGGGCUGCCAAGAAGCCAGACGACGUUUGGUUGACGAAGCUGAUGGGUAACUUCGACUGGGUCCAGCCGCAGAAUCCCAUUGGACCGCCAUUUAACAAUCAUUGAAGGAUGUGAGGUUCUGUCAAUCUUACCUUGCUGAAAUAAACGCUACGCGAUUGACCCCAGUUUGGUUUUGGGUCGGUCUGAGACCCUUCAUUAUCUUGCUUCGGCUAUUUAGUCCAGGAGUACGAUGGAGACCAUGUUCGAUUCAUGUAUUUUAUUCAGCAGGCCCAAUAAACUUUUCGUACCUAAAAG